AUGACAGCUCCGCAUACCGACGCAGAAAUGGGCAUCGAGGAAACCGUAUCCCACAGCCAGGAUGAGUACCGGGAUCCAGAGCACUUGCAGGAAAAACACCACCAGCCUGCUCUCGCUCGAGUGCUCUCCCGCCGCUCUGCAGCAUCGUUUGAUCCCGGUCCAGCUCCCGAUGGCGGCGUCACAGCAUGGCUCCAGGCCUUCUGCACCCACCUGACCAUCCUAACCACCUUUGGCUUCUUCACCUCGUUUGGCGUGUACCAGACGUACUACCAGAAUACGCUUGGCAUUGAGCCGUCGACAAUCUCAUGGAUCGGUUCCAUCCAGGUCUUCCUGCUCUUCUUCCUGGGCACCUUUACCGGCCGUGCCACGGAUGCUGGCCUCUUUCGCCCCGUCUACAUCGCCGGUGCAUGCUUCCAGCUGGUCGGCAUCUUCACAUUGGCAGAGUCCAAGAAAGUGUGGCAGCUCUUCCUCUCCCAAGGUGUUUGUCUCGGCAUCGCAAACGGCCUGCAGUUCUGUCCUUCCAUGGCCCUGGUAUCAACCUACUUUGUCAAGCGCCGCGCCUUUGCACUUGGCUUCACGGCUCUAGGAGCCUGCAUUGGCGGCGUCAUCUUUCCAGUCAUUGUGCAGCAAUGCCUGCCUCGCCUGGGCUUUCCAUGGACCAUCCGCAUCAUCGGCUUCAUCAUGCUGUUUGUGAACGUCAUCACGAUAGCGUUGUAUCGUACGCGGCUUCCGCCCCGGAAAGCCGGUGCCCUGGUCGAUUGGGCGUCCUUCACGGAGCUUCCGUAUACCCUCUACUGCAGUGCAGCUUUCUUCUGUUUCUGGGGCCUGUACUUUGCCUUUUUCUAUAUCGGUAGUUAUGCACGCAACACGCUGGGCGCCAGCUAUCAGCAGAGUAUCAAUCUCUUGCUAGUCCAGGUGUGCAUGGGCUUCAUCUUCCGGAUACUGCCCACGUACUAUGCGGAUAAGAUUGGGGGACUCAACGUGCUGACUCCCUUUGCCUUCAUCUGCGGCAUCAUGAUGUUUGCAUGGAUUGGAAUCAAGUCGAUUGGUACCUUGUAUGUGUUCGCAGUCAUCUAUGGCAGCGGGAGCGCCGUCAUUCAGGCGUUGUGGCCCGCCGUGAUUGGGAAUCUGAGUAGGGAGCGGGAUCUGAAAAAGGCGGGUGUAAGGAUGGGCAUGGCUUUUACCGUCGUAAGCGUGUCCAGUCUCACCGGCCCGCCGCUAGCUGUUACCGUCGCCUUCAGCGCGUCUGCAGACACAUCAAUCACUCACCGGACGCUUGAAAUGGUAUUGAGAGGCCCAAGAGGCGAUGGCGGAAGUGGGCGUGGACGCGGCCGGGGUCGUGGUAGAGGAAAGACGCAGUUGUGGCAAUGGGAGUCGUAUUCACCUGGCCCCGAAGUGUACAACCAACUAUGGCGCAUUCGCAAGGAACCCGCCAUUGUGACCGCGCGCCCGCCCGACGGCUGCCCCAUGGCGCCUGCGCGAACCCGGAUACUGGAUCGCCGACAAACCGAGGGCGCGACGACACGAAAUUACUAUGUUGUGGAGAUCGUACAUGGCGGCGAGCAGCGGGAAAUCGAAGAGGUGGAUAUGAGUCGCAUACUGCAAUAUGUGUCUCCUGCCGAACUGGAACGCUACGAGAACGAGCAGUUCAGGCUCGAGGCCGAGGCAGAAGCCAUUGCGGUGUGCGCAGAAAUCGAGGAACUGGCGCGUCGGCGACUGGAGAAGAACGGAAGAGGCCCGAAGCCCGCUGGCCCAGGAAGCCUCAUGCUCAGUGGACUGGGCUUACCGCUGGAAACUCAAAUACGAACCAGAGGCAGGCCGAGAGGAAGACGCGGUAGAGGUAGAGGCAGAGGCAGAGGGAGAGGAGGAGGUCUAGCCAUGCAUGGGGAUGACACAGUUGAGCAGCUGGCCGAUGGUCUUCCCAGCGCGUUGUAUCACGAAGCCGCCGAGACGGAACCGGUAAUUCCAGACACGGAAGAUGAAGUCGACAAAGACGAAGAACGACCAUCGCAAACAUCACCCGGCCUCAUGCGCUCAGCCUUUGUAGCCAACAGCGCGCUUUCCGUCUCGCCCGUCCAAAGGCACCUUUCCACAUCGCUUGCCCACCACCAGCACCAUGAUCUGUCCAUGCGCUCAGACACCGAGGGCCCCGAUGAACACCAAGACCGCGUCAAGAGACUGCGGAUCACCAGCCCGGAUCCAGCUAUGCCCGCGAUACCCAUCGAGGCUUUUGCACAAACACUGCUCUUCUCGGACCGCUCGUCGGCCGUGGAAUCGAGUCCACAGACAAGUGGGGAUUUCAGCCAUGCGCCGAUACAGCGUUCUGCAUCGAGUUCGCCUGUUGGUAGACUCAAUGCGCACGACUUGAUACCUGGUGAAGCAUCAUCAUCACAAUCGCAACCAUCACAACCAUUGCAACCAUCACAACACCUUGCACCACCCAGAUCCACCAUGCUCACGCACGACGAACAGCUCGACCUAGACUUUGGCAGCGAACUCGAACUCGAACUGCAACCCGAAAACGAAAACGACAACAACAACAACAACAACAACGAUGAUGAAGACGUGCAAGAAUACGUCGUCGAAGCCAUCAUGGAGCAUUUCAUCGACAAGGGCCGGGCUUACUACCUGGUCAAGUGGGAGGGCUACCAGGACAGUCACGACUGGUUGUCCGAGGAGGAUUUGCAGGGCGCGCCGGAGCUGCUGGCUGAGUAUCAUGCUCGGAAUCGGAAGAGGCUGCGGCAAGAAGGGAAGCCUGUUGGGUUUUUUCAGUAG